CCUGGUUGUUUAGUUCCUUACAAGUACUCUCUCAGACCUUCUUGUAUGUAACAUAUGUGUUAAAACUUAUUAUUUAGAAAGAAAUGCAAAGAGGAAAAGAGGAAGAAAUAGGUGCUUAGGAAUAAAAAGGAACAAAGGAAACUUUUUAAAGUGAAAUUAGAAAACAAAAGGGGUGAAAAAGCAUAGUCAGCAGGAAAUAUGAAAUAGAGUAGAAGUAGUUCUUAAAUUUUCCUCUUUUCACUCUCCCUUAGGGCUCCUGCCCUGCCCACAUCUCUGACAGUAGUCACUGAGACACAUUUUGUUUUUUAAAAAGCGGAAGGAAAAACCAUCAGCAGCUGUCCUGCAUUCUCGAUGACAAAGUGAGCAAAGAAAGGGAAGUGUUCCUGAUUUACCCCCUGACUUAGAGGGAGAAGGUCUGUCCUGCUCGAGAGGGAGAAGCUGCAGCCCUGGGAAGGAUGGGAAUGCUGGUGAGAGCAGCCAUGCUUAUGAGUCCUCUUCUCUUCUGUAACGCUUUUCUGGACCUGACUGGCCCCAGUGAGGUUGAAGGCAUAUGGAAGGGAUCUAUCACCUUGCCAUGUGCCUAUGUGCCUGAGAAGGACUUUGUGCAGCAAACACUCAAGUGGACUGUGAUACAUGACCAGAGCUCUGGCACCGUCUUUCGGAGGGACAGUUCUGGUGACCACGUUCUCCUGUCCAAGUACAGGGACAGGGUCAGUGUCCUGAAGGACACCCCAGGGAACGUGUCUCUCCACAUCCUGAACCUGGAGGUCUCUGACAGGGGAACCUACACUUGCCAGGUCACCUGGAGAGCCAGCAACAACAGCCUGAUAGCAAAAGACAUCACCACUAAAGUGGAGGUUGUUAAAGUUGCAGCGACCAAGCCCGUCAUCAGGGCCAGCGAGCCGGGACUGACUUUCCCGCCAGGAGCCAGGGCCAGCCUGACCUGUGUGGCCAACGGGUCCCCCCCCAUCAGCUACCGCUGGUUCAGGAGCGUGCCGGGAGGGAAAGCCCUGCUCCUGAGCAGCCAGGCCGAGCUGGCGUGGGACAGCCUGCAGCCCUCCGACACCGGGAAGUACUACUGUGAGGCCGAAAACAGGGUUGGGGCCAGGGCUGUGCAGCAGAGCGAUGCCGUUCAGCUGACGGUGAGAGAAAAAAACCAAACAGAGCUGGUGUUCAGAGGUACCUCAGUAACCUCUUGGACUCCAUGGGGCUCCACCACUAUUACAGAUCUGCCCAUGCCAGUAGUGACUCCUGAGAAUGGUGUGGGAUAUCCAGAAAAGAAUUACACAACCCAGAUAGUCCAUUUUGGUCUUUUCUUUGAGUGUCAAAGCUGGAACAGCAGAAAAGCCCCAGUGUGCAACUCCAGCAGAUCUUCUAUACCUCCUAUAGCUUUGCAGUGCCGUGAUUUCCAAGGGACUCACCUGUCCCUGUACCUGGUCAUCCUGAUUGCUGUGGUUUGUGGUGCUGUGGUUUUCCUCGUCAUCUUUCUUAUCAUUUGCAUUAGAAAGCCCAAAGACGUUCAAGUCUAUGAAGUAAAAUUCCAUAACUCAAGAACAGCAGCUUCUUCAAGGUGUGAAAGUACGGAUCAUUAUGAGGCACCCAUCUCCUCCACUGAAAACAACUAUGUGAUGGAGCCCGUGGAAAACAAAAGAUAUGAAGAAAUAAAUACAAAAAAGAAUGAAUAUGUUGGAAACACCGAAGAAUCUGUAUAUGAAGUAGGGGACACUGUAUGAUAACCAACAGUGUUCUACAGGUAGCCGUCCUGAAGAGUACCUUCAUCCAGGCAAAAUUUAUCUUCCUAUUCACCUUUGCCUCUGAAAAAUAGGUUGGACAAGAAGUUUUUGCUCCUUCACAAUUUGUGGAGCCUUAACAAUCUCUGCUGUGAAAAUGCAAACCUCUUUAGGAACUUCAGUUACAGACUGCUGUAUAGAUCUUCUGAUUUUGCUUUUUUUGCUUCCCUUUCACCGCCUCUGUAGAAGAAAGCCCUUUGAAAGCUAGGGUAUACAGAUCCCUGGCCAAGAGCACUGUACUAAACUUACUGCUUUAUAUGACCAAAAGGAUCUGCGUUCACAGUCUUCAUGGGGUAGGAGUAGAACCAGCACCAAGGGCUGCUCAACCUCCCCAUCACCUUUGGGUAAGAAGUACAGAAUGAGGCUGGCCUGGGAAUCGGCGUUUCUCCUCCCAUCCACCUCAAGUGCUGCAUAGGUGGUAGAAUGUCCUUUUAAUGUGAGAUAGCCCUUAAAGAAACACUGAAAGAUUAAAGCUAGGAUAAAACCAAGAACCUUACCAUACUAGGAGCAGCAGUACAAAAAGAAGAAAUGUCUCAUGCACCCAUCGUGCUGUACUCAAUGUGCCUUUCUGCAGCACUCGCCAUAAGGUCUGGGCACACUUUCUAUAGUUUUGGCGCAGGACAGCUUGGGCGAUUCCGAUACUGCAACAAGGCACAUUCUUUCCAAGUUCACCUUCUCUAUUCUCUCUUUUAAUGCAUGUUUAAUAUUUGAAAGAUAUUAGAUACUUUUCCAUAAGUUUGUGGGUAAGAUUGUUUACACAUGCCUACAUUAUUUUGGUAUGAAUGUUUUUGCACAACUGGCUCAUCUUUAAAAUACCAGCAAGCACUCACAAUUACAGCUCCUCAGUAGAUAUUCAUGAAUUAAUUUCCUCCCACCUUAGAAGGCCUGAAGGGCAAGUACGGAGCCAAAAAGCUGUGUUAUUCGUAAUUUCUACUGCCCUGAGUAAAUCUGUAACAUGGGUACUGCAGAGUUAUGGAAGAACCUUUCUAUAGUGAACGACAGGGCAAUACCGUGUUCGAUUAAAAGCCAUGCAGACAGAUGUAAAACAUAACAGGUGAUCUGAGGGGUGAGGAGGAUAUUGGUGACACAGACACAGGAUUAGUGGGCCCCCAGAUUUGCUGUUCACACUCAGGAAAGAUCUGCAUCUGCACUUCUCUGCAAGCAUCAGCUCAAAAUUCACCAGCAUUCAAAAAGAGUAUUAGGUGCUAUUAGAAAAGGCAUUCCAGUGCAACAGAAAACAGGACUGUGGUACUGUAAAAACUCAUGGAAUGCUUCUACCUUAUGUAUGCAUGUAGGAUGUUUCUCAUCCUGAAAGGGUUUAACAGAGCUAGAAAAGUUACUGAGAAUGAUAAUAAAGGAUGAUGAGCAGCAUGAAACCACUUCUGUGCGAAUGCAUUAUACUUUCUCAGCUUGGAAAAAAAAAAGAACAAGCAAAAUGAGCAAAUUCUACUCAUCAUGACCAGUGUGGAGAAGAUCAGUAGGGACUAUUUGUUUACAGUUUCUCCAAAGGAAAAGGAAGCAGACGUUAGCUAAAAAUUAUCUGGUAGCACUUUUAAAAGGAGAGGAAAGGUACUUCUUCUAUGCAAUACAGAAAUGAGGGUAGAACACAAUGCUACUCACCUAGUGCUAUGAAAACCCAAAGUACACAGAGGUCCAAUGAGAAAUUAGAGGAAUGAAUGAUGUAAAAGUUCAUCAAAAUUCACAAACCGCAAGGCACACUUUACAGGUAUUUAUCAGUGACCUUAUACAUUCUCCCUGAAUUUCCUGUACCACAAGUUUUAUUUCUCUUUGUUAAGAAUGUACUUAAAAAUUAAGGACUGGGAAACCUUGAUUUCAAAAUGGAAGGGGAACAAACAGCUGCUUUGGUUGGUGAUGAUCUCUUGGAAAAAAUUGUCGACAUGUACAUGCAGUUUAUUGCAAUGUGGAGAAGCAGGUGAAAAUCAUUAAACUUCAGGACUGCAAAGUUA